GAACGUCGGUCUGGGAGCUCUGAAGAAAUGAAGUCUGACAGUUUAAAGGACGGAGAAGCCCUUAUAAACAGGGCAGAGGAGACAGGUUUCUUCCUUGAGCGUGAAUACUGCCGAGCCCUGGCUGAGGUCCUUCACUACUCCCACCCUCCAGUGACGGUGGGAUUAUAUGCCGAGUGGGGACAUGGUAAAAAGGAGCUCCUAGAGAUCAUCAAAGAUCACCUGCAUUUCAAAGCGCGAAAGACAGGUGGAAAUAAGCAGAGAGCCAACUGCUUACAGCGUCUGUGGACAUGGCUUUGCCUUGUCGGUCACAUACUGUUCAGCCAACCAGUUCAGAAGGAAAAGCAAUGUCGGCACACUCAGUACAUCUUUAUAGAUUUCAGCGCAUGGGAGUACAUAGGCUGCGACCACACCUGGGCCGGGAUGAUCACCACACUCUGCGACACCCUUGAAAGCAAAUACAGGCUACCUCUGAGCAUCUUCAGGGCCUGUAGGGAAAAAGCAAAAAAUAGAAUAGAUGAGAGAAUCCAAUGGCUUUGGACAAGGUGGUGUAAUGUCAUUUUUUUUGUUUAUCUUCUGCCCCUGUUGGUGAUAGGCCUUGUGCUGUGUGUUAUGUACGUCGGACCGUACGGGAUCUGUGGAAUGCUAGUCAGUAUCUUUACCGGGAUUGGCAUAUCUGUCUUGCCUGUACUUAGCAAUUGCUUUUUUACCCUGAAAAGAAGUCUUGAGAGGAAAAUGAACAGGACGAACAUGAGCGACCAACUGGGUUUCAUGCACUGUGUUAAAACUGAAGUUGAGGUCUUGACCAAUUUCCUGCAGUUUAAGUCAUUCUCUCAGCAAAGGGACAUUCGGGUGGUGCUGCUGAUUAACGACUUGGACAUCUGCACCUCGGACAAGGUGGUCGGAGUUCUGGACGCAGUCAACAUCCUCCUCUCAGACAAAGAAGUCCCCUUCAUCUCCAUCCUGGCCGUUGACCCGCAAAUCAUGGUGGAGUGUAUAGAAAAGUCCAGUAAUAUGUUCAACAACGGCUACGAAUACCUGAACCGAAUCAUAAGUCUGCCUUUCUCAGUGCCUCGGAUGAACGCCCAUACCAAAUUAGAGAUCCUCAGGGAAUACGGGCAAGAAAAAGGUAAUCCAAGGUCUUGUCUAGUCUGCGGCUAUGCAACUGAUACAGAAUAUCAAGAGGAUGGAAUUCUUCACAACCUUGAAUCAAUAAGUCAUGAAACAAGCCUCCCUGGUAAUAAGAUCCAGUUGAAGAGAAUACUGAAUACAAUAACCAUUGAGCUGCUAGUCCGGGAGAGAAUAGACAGGAAAAUGCGACAAUAUGACGCUGUGAGAGAUUGGGUCCUUCUUGCUAACUCCUGGCCUUGCCGGCUGAGCUGGGUUCUGCAGUGUGCGGAGGAUAAAUUACAGAGCAUAGAUCUGAAGGUGAAAGAGAGCAAAGAAAAGGAAGAAGUGAAGAAAGAAAGGUCGGACUAUUUGGAACAAUCCUUACUGCAGGUUUUCAGGGACAAUGAAAAGGAACUGGACACGAUUAAAACCGACAUAAAAAAUCUUCUGGAACUCGACUGUGACCCAGAUGUUUUCAAAGCAUUACUAUUCAAAUGUGACUUUAAAGUCAAAGAUAUUAAAACACAUGAAAAUAUCGUCAGCUUGGACCAUUCUUUAAAGAGAAAACUGGAGCUGAUACAAGAACUAAGAAAAAAUGCCCCUCCUGAUUUCAAGAUUUCCAUUGAAAAGGAGGAUGUCUAAUCUGGUAUAAAGUCUCAUAUCAUGCUUUGGUUUUUCCCGUCUUUUCUGAAGAACGUAAGAGCAUCAGAACUUCUGGACUGGGUAAGACCCCUGGUCCAUCUAGCCCCACAUCCCGUCUCCAGCAGUGGCAAAAGAAGAUACUCUAUAGGGGGAGCAUUAAGCCAGAUAUGACCGAUCCCCUAUUCAGUACCUCUCUGGCACCCAUCCUUACUGACCUAGAGAUGCCAAAGAAAACAUCUCCAACCUUUCUGAUCAGAGCCACUAAGAGAUCCACGAAUGUCUCCAGUCCAUUUCUGACCCCGGCUAUGCUCUCUGCCUCCACCACCUCCUGGGGUGCUGAAUUCCACACCUUAACGGUGUGUUGUGUACAAGAAAAAAGUCCUUUCUGUUGUUAGUUUUAAACCUUUGUAAUUCAUCGGUUGUUGCCUCAGUCGAGUAUUCUGGGACAGGGUGAACAGCAGCUCCCUGUUCACUUGGUGCCUGCCCUUCAUGGUGUUGUAGACCUCUGUCAUAGAUGCACGGGUGUCGGUCUGUCUUGCAAGAUAAGUGAUUUGUGCUGGGUGAGGCAUUAGCUCAUUGCGCGUGUGCUACUUUGGCUGUAGAGACUAAUUGCUGAAUGAUAGUCCUUUCUGUAAUUAUUGCAUGUGAAUAAUCAUAGAAUCAACGAGAAGUCAGGUGAGCAGGGACUCCAGAGCUCACAUCCAGUCCAACCCCUGCCUGAGGCAGCAUCAGCCCGUCCAGACCAGCCCAGACAAACCCAGC